AUGAAGAGUCAACCAAUUAUCGAUAAAAUUGUUGAAAAAUUACAAACUAUCGACGCAUCAAACCGAACAACAUUCCUUAUUUUUCAAUUUAAUUUUAACGCUGCCGAUGGAAGCCUUUUGAAAAGUUUUGUUCUGGAUUUGAAAGAACUUAAGAUGUACGAAGGAACUGCAGCCAGUCCCGAUAGUGAAAUAGUUAUUGGAGAUGAAGAGUUCUUUAUGUGGGCAACUAAUCAAAUUACCUACGAUGAUCUUAAAGCUAAUAAUAAAGUCGAGAUAAAAGGCAAUUUAGAAGCUGUGAUGAAGUUGAUGGAUAAGUUCCAUAAGUAA